AUGUGACGACCGGAUAACAUCCGGUGAGUGACCUGGACUGGUCCGUCCUCCAACAUCUAAUUCAUCAUCUAACAGUGGGUCAUACCAGGUCAAGAGCAUAAACGUCAUGGUUUUCGAGGAGAAAAUGAUCCUGAACGGGGAACCUGAAGAUGAGGAGGAGGAAGAGGAGGAGGAGGAAGAUAUGGUGGACCCCCUUGAGGUGGUGCGGGACAAGUGUGCACAGGCAGAGCACUGCGUCCACGCCAGGGUGAAACUGGAGGACUGUGAAUCCAGGGUCGGCUCCAAGUCCGAAACCAGAGAGGACUGCACCGAGGAGCUUUUCGACUUCCUCCAUGCGCGGGACCACUGUGUGGCUCACAAAGUCUUCCAUUCUGUCAAGUAAAGUCCCUCCAGCUCCCUGCACUACUGGCAGAAGUUCCUUGUCAGAUAUAGACAACUACCAUUUAACUUAAGUGACAAGUACCUGGUUUUAAAGGAUUCCUCUGAGUCUAAGUUGUAACCUCAUACACACUGUAUUUGUUCAUGUGAAUAAAUUAUAAAUUAAGUGUUGAA